UUUAGAAUCUGAUAUAUAUAUAUAUAUCUAUAUAUUUAAUUAUUAUAACACAUCUUUGCUUGUUGCUGCACGCUUGGAACAAAAGACUCAAUAAAUAUGUUCCGGUCAAAAAGUCAGUUUGAGAAAAUGCUAGAGAAAGCAACUAGCAAUCUCCUACUUGAGCCAGAUUUUGAUGCCAUGUUGCAGUUGUGUGACAUGAUUCGAGGAGGAGAUAUAAAAGCAAGAGAGGCCGUAGCUCACAUGAAAGCCAGGAUAAGAGAAGAAAAGAAUCCAAAUGUGCAAUACUUUGCAUUGAGUGUUCUGGAUACAGCAAUGAAAAAUUGUGGAGAAGGAGUUCAUGAAGAAGUUAUUACGCAAACAUUUCUAGAAGAAAUGAAAGAUAUGGCCAAGUCUGCUUCGGCUGAAAGAGUGAAAACAAAAAUAUUGGAAAUGGUUCAAUCAUGGGGAUUAGCUUUCAAAGAAAGAACAGAAUAUAGAAUUGCCACCAACCUGUAUAAUAUCAUGAAAACAGAAGGUUACGAAUUUCCACCUCCUACCAACACAACUGAUAUGUUCAAAUCUGAAACUGCCCCAGUUUGGAAAGAUGGCGAUGAAUGUUCUAAAUGCAAAAGUGAAUUUGGUCUCGUACAACGCAAGCAUCAUUGCAGAGCAUGUGGUGGUAUAUUCUGCAACCGCUGUACGAGCAAACAAUCCAUCGUACCAAAAUUUGGAAUCGAGAAAGAAGUUCGAGUUUGUGAUAAAUGCUACGAUGAGAUUAACACGAAAUCAUCAGCAUCUACUUCAGAUUCGGGUGGAUUGCCUCAGGAAUAUCUCAACAGCAGUUUGGCUAAAGAGAGCCAGAUACCAGUGAAAAGAAGUGAACAGGAAUUGAAAGAAGAAGAAGAACUGCAGAUUGCGCUCGCUAUGUCAUUGAACGAACAAGAAAACCAAUCAAAAUCUCAAACAAAAGAUAUGCCUGUUUAUGCUUCUGUCAAUAAAACCAAUGCAAUACAACCCGAAGUUAAAGUUUCGGCCAGCGACUCUGAUUUGGAUCCUGAAUUGGCAAGAUACUUGAACAGGAAUUACUGGGAAAAGAAGAAAGACACUCAGGAAAAACAGGAGCCAAAAGCUGAAACAAAGAAAACGUCGAAGAGUUCUGCUCCACCUGCUGAGGUUCAGCCUGAACCUGUUGUUGCGGAGAAUGCAAAUGAACCAAGAGAACCACCAAAAGCUGAAGAGAAUUUACAAAAUGGAGAGAUUGAAGACAAUGAAGAAUUCAUGCACGGUCUUCGUACAAGUGUCGAAAUAUUUAUGAACAGAAUGAGAUCCGAUCAAAUGAGAAAUAGGUCGAUCGCAAACGACUCAUCAGUGCAAAGCUUGUUCCAGAGCAUCAACUCAAUGCAUCCCACUUUGCUACAGUUUAUGAAUGACUUGGAAGAGAAAAGAUUGCAAUAUGAAGCACUCCAAGACAAACUCACUCAGAUUAGAGAUGCUCGGGCAGCCCUCGAUGCUCUAAGAGAGGAACAUAAAGAAAAAGUGAGAAGAGCGGCUGAAGAAGCAGAACGUGUAAGACAAAUUCAAAUGGCGCAAAAAUUGGAAAUAAUGAGACAGAAAAAACAGGAAUACUUGGCAUAUCAAAGACAAAUCGCAUUACAAAGAAUGCAGGAGCAGGAGGCAGCUCGUCAUGCCAGAUUAGAAAAACAAAAGCAAUUUAUAAUGCAACGUGCAAUGCAACCUGCCAUGUUGGUGCAAGGAUACAAUGUACAGUAUAUGCCUCCUCAACCUAACAUAGGAGAAACAGCACCUGAAAUGCAGCAAGCACAAGGCAUGCAACCGGCUGCAUAUCCACCUUACGGACCCGGGCCAGGCUACCAACAACAGCCUGCUACUAUGGCACAACCAGUUGUCACUCAGUCACCAUAUACUCAACAGCAAAUGGGAAUGGCACCUCCACCCGGACAACCCCAGUUUCACCAACCACAAAUGCAACAACAUUCCGGACAAUAUCAACCAAUGGGAGCUGGUUAUCAACAAGGUGUACCAGACCAAGUAACAGCUGCUCAAAUUCAAGGUGUAUUGCCAGGUCAAGAAUCCUUCAACAUGGCUGGUAUGGUAUCUGCUCUACCACAGCAAGGCAAUCCUAACAUCCAGGGACAGCAACAAGUUGUUGCCACGGCCCCACCUCCUACACCGCAAGCGACGCCUACCCCACAACAAAUGACCCAAACCCAUGUGACACAGCCUCAUAUGAUGCAGAUGCAAGGUCAGCCCCAACAAAUGCAAGGACAACAGUAUUACCAGCCACCCCAGGUGGGUCAGGACCAACUGCCACCAAAUCAGCAACUGACUCAGCAGCAAGCACAAAAUCUACUCAUAUCAUUUGAUUAAGGACGUGCGACUUUUCACAACCUCCUGAUGCAAUAAAGAAUGUGAUAUAUUCGAAGCACUGGAUUUAUUUAUUUACCAAUCUUUCAUAAUCGUCGACCUGAUUAAAAAACAUUCACACUAUGUGGAAAAAUGAA